AUGGGUAACAUUUUUGGCAAUCUCCUGCGAGGUCUUUUCGGCAAAAAGGAAAUGCGAAUUUUAAUGGUCGGCUUAGACGCAGCUGGUAAAACUACUAUUCUGUAUAAGUUAAAACUUGGAGAGAUUGUAACGACAAUUCCGACUAUUGGUUUCAAUGUUGAAACGGUAGAAUAUAAAAAUAUAUCUUUUACGGUAUGGGAUGUUGGAGGACAGGAUAAAAUUCGUCCGCUCUGGCGACAUUAUUUUCAGAACACGCAAGGUUUGAUAUUUGUUGUGGACAGUAACGAUAGGGAGCGUGUUGGAGAGGCGCGAGAAGAAUUGAUGAGGAUGCUAGCUGAAGAUGAACUACGAGAUGCAGUACUUCUUGUUUUUGCUAAUAAACAGGAUUUGCCAAAUGCAAUGAACGCUGCUGAAGUAACUGAUAAACUUGGUCUACAUACAUUGCGCAACCGUAAUUGGUAUAUUCAAGCGACGUGCGCAACUUCUGGUGAUGGUCUCUAUGAGGGUCUUGAUUGGCUGAGCAACCAGCUUAAAAACAGAACAUAA